CAUUGUGUGCUAUAUUAAGCAAGUGAUCUAGAUUGAACCAGUCACUGCGCUAUAAAUUGACAGGUUUCCCUUUUUUUUUUCCCUUUUUCUUUUUUUAUAUUUAUAUACAAAAAACAAAAAGGACACAAAAGGAUGGCAAAAGGAAAAGCAGUUAGGAUUAAAUCAGAAGAAGAUGAGUGUCAAUUAAUGCCAGACAUGAUCCCAUUGGUAUCACCUCCUUCUGCAACUCAUCUUAGUAGGAGGACAUCGACAGAUGAUCCGUCCUCAAUUACUAUAGAAAUGCAACAGGAAGAUCCCUACUUUUAUGAUAAAAACACACGGCCGCCACAUGAAUCAUGGUCUUCUGCCAAAACAAUUGAAAAUCCAUUUGGCGAUGAUAUUAGCAAGCAAAACACGCUUGUAUCAUCCAACAUGGAUGAAAAGCAAGAGAUCAGUAAUUCCACAACCGUGACAGGUGAUGAAGACAGCGAUAGAGAGUUUGACUGGAACGAUGACCCUGAUCAAGCCAAGCCUAAGCGUCGAAAGACAGCAAAGGAACGUUUCCAGGCUGCGAUGCGAAAUCCUUGUUGCUGGCACUAUCUGUCUCCUUUACUCAAACGUAUCAUCAUUGCUAUCUUUGGUUCUUGUAUGUUCAUUAUCGUCGCUAUCGUGAUUUAUUUUACGUUACCAAAGCCAACUGAUGCCGAACAACAAAACCCACUGUUUAAGAAUGUACGAAGUAACGUUCAGUGCUGGAUGUAUUGGGCUGCAUUCAUGUGGCAUAUCUUUUGGGUAACCACAUUCACUCUUGAUUCUGUUCCUUCUAUUGUCUCUCUUUGGAUAAAGACCUUCAGAGGCAGACGCUCUGAGAGAGCUAAAUCAUACAUGGAGUAUUACAUGAGCCUUAAGCGUUAUCUUUGUCUCGUCUUGCUUGCUGCUUGGAAUAUUGGCUCAUGGGUAUUUUUAAUUAACGUGCCAUUUCCUUCAAUUAAGCUUCACCCUUAUUCAGAUGCUAUCACCAAGGCAUUUGGAUGUCUGUUGGCCGCCUCUGCUCUAUUCCUUGGACAAAAGACAGUAAUUCAAGUCAUUGCUGUCAGAUUUCAUCGAACUGCUUUUGAAGACAGAUUAAUAGAGAACAAAAAGAGUUUGAAAAUUCUGGAUACACUCAGUAAGGCAGAAAAAAAGAAUCGUCCUGUUUCCGGUCCUGGUCGGGUCAACCGUGGUAACAAGUUAAGACACCGUCGCUCUCCACAAUGGGAUUCUGAUCAGGGGUCGAGAAGACCGGUGACUCUAUCAGACGCUCCUGUUCCACAGCAACCCUCUUCCUUCGAUAUCUUUAAAAAGUCCAUUUCCAAUAUUGUCUUGGCUGAAAAGCCUACAAGUGAUGUCUCUGGUCGUUUGGAAAAGAACAAGAUGGACAUCAAUUCGGAUGACUAUGCGAAAAAGGUGGCAAAGAAAUUAUUCUACUCUUUGGCUUACCCCAAUGGUCACUUACCAGGACAUGACGAAGACACCAAACUGAAAUUAGAAAUUCACCACUUUAUUCCCUACUUUAAGGAUCACGACGAAGCUAAAGAGGCAUUUAAAGUAUUCGAUAAGGAUGGUAACGGUAACUUGACAAGACGUGAAUUCCGUGAUACGGUUGUACAAAUCUAUAGAGAGCGAAAAGGAUUGGCCCAGGCGAUCCGUGAUACUAGUCAAGCAUUAGGCAAGAUUGAUGCUACUUUGCUUGUGAUCAGUUGUCUUAUCACACUCUUUGUCUCGCUUUCCAUUUUCCGUGUUGACUUUUGGGCUUCGCUUAUUCCAUUUGGUACUCUUUUGGCUGCCUGUACAUUCAUCUUUGAUACCUCUGCCAAGGCACUCUGUCAAGGCAUCAUCUUCCAAUUUGUCACUCAUCCUUAUGACGCAGGUGAUUUAGUCAUGAUCGACAAUGCCUAUAUGACGGUAGAGAACAUUGGUAUCUUGGGAACUGUCUUUGUUAGUGGCGAUGGCUGUAAGCUGUAUGCACCCACCACCUUGCUCUUGACCAAGAUCAUCACCAAUGUACGACGUUCUGGUAACAUGGGCGAAACCCUGACGUUCAAUAUCGACUUUAGAACAGAUAAUGAUACCAUUCACCUCUUGCGCGAGAGGCUGUCCGAAUGGGUCCAAUCUCAAAGUCGCGACUUUGCUCCUGGUUUUGACUUGCGUGUGUCUCAAAUUAUUGAUAUGAACCAAAUCAUCCUUACCGCUUGGUUACCUCACAAGGGCAACUGGGUUGAACUAGGCAAACGCUUCCAAAGAAAGACUCGUUUCAUGCUGGCCUUGAAAUCGAUCUUGACUGAACUAGACAUCAAGUAUGAACUGCCUGCUCAAAGAAUUACAUCAACGAACCAGAACCCAUUUGACAUAAGUCAGCCUCCAAAGCCUCAGAACUUUAGUGAGCAGGAAUCUCACAGAUCGAAUUAGAUUACACCAUAGUUUGUGUAUACACAUCCCCUCCUUUUUCUGUCACAUAUCAUCAUCUCUCAUAAUAAAAAUACGUAAUUGCUUUGAAUUAAUUUACCUAGGAAUCUAGACCCGCGCUUCAUGUGGG